AUGACGCAGACCCUCCACCCCGGCGCGCAAUCGGGCUUCGCCGACGCCUCGAGCUACGAGGCCCACCGGCCCUCCUACCCUACGGCGACGGUGACGGCGUUCCUCGAAAAGCUGGGCCUCGCGGGCCAGCGGGGCGCGCGCGUGCUCGACCUCGCCGCCGGCACGGGCAAGCUGACCGAGGUGCUCGCGGCGCGGGACGAGGGGUUCGAGAUUGUGGGCGUCGAGCCGCACGCGGGGAUGCGCGGCGAACUGGCGCGCAAGGGACUGGCCGGCGUCGAGGUCCGGGACGGGUUCGCCGAGGGGAUCCCGCUCGGGGACGGGUGGGGGGACGGGUGCGUCGUCGCGCAGGCUUUCCACUGGUUCGCGAACGAGAAGGCGUUACGGGAGAUUCACCGGGUGCUGAAGCCGCGGUCGUCGCUGGGGUUGAUCUGGAACAUUGAGGAUUAUAACAAGCCUGCGGCGUGGACGGCGUCGACGCAGUGGGAGCAGCGCCUCAACGAGCUCAUCCACUCGCUCGACGGCGACGGACAGGCGCGGUUCCGGAACGAUGCGUGGCGGGCGUGCUUUGACUCGCAGGCGGCGAACCCGCUCAAGACGGUGGCCGAGUAUGGGUUGCCGGGGCUCGCGACGGCCGACGACGGCAAGGCGCCCUGGUUCUCGGUGCCGAUCGGCGAGGACAGCGUGCCUUUCACGGUGUGGCUGACGGAGGAGGCGCUGUGGAAGAGGCUGUCGACGCUGAGCCAGGUGGCCGUACUCGACGGGGACGAGCUAUCGCGAUUUCGGGCGCGGCUGGCGGGGAUGCUCAGGGAGGAGAGCGUCGAGAGGAAUGACAAGGGCGAGGUGGCGCUGCAUGGAAAGACAUUUUUUGCAUGGACUUCGCGGCUCUAG